UAGAAUGCUGAAAAAACUCCUGGUUGUUGUUCUUUGGGCGUUCGUGGUCCAAGGACACCAAUUUGAUGGCAUCCGUCCUCAACUGAAAUCACCAAAAUACAAAGCGCAAACGUGGCCUCAUGGUAUAGUAUACUACGAAGUCAAUAAUGAUCUAAAAAAGAACGAUGUGGCCAUGGAAGGUAUUAGGAAGGGGAUGGAUAUGUGGAGUGACAAAACAUGUGUCAAGUUUGAGAAGAGGAUCAAUGAAGAUGCUUAUGUCCAUUUCUAUUUGGGCGGAGACUGUUAUUCAGAGAUUGGUCGAUCUGGAUACAAGCAGUUUAUUUCACUAGCACCUCACUGUUGGCAGGCAGCAGAGACAGCACAUGUUAUUGGUCUUGCUCUUGGUUUAUAUCCCGAGCAGUCACGCUACGAUCGUGAUAAUUAUGUCACAAUCAAUUGGAACAACAUUAGAGAUGAUGCCAAACGAAGGUUCAUCAAGUAUCCCAAAGGAGUAGCUGACAUCGAAAAUUUCGAUUAUGACUACCAAAGUAUUAUGCAUUAUAAGAAAAACGCAUUCACCAAGAAUGGACUACCAACAAUCGUUCCUGCAACAAGUAAUGUCGGCAUUGGACAAAGAAACGGCCCAAGUGUCAUGGACGUUGAGAAGAUACACUUUCUUUACCACUGCGAUAGUCCUGGUGGUGGAAGUGGAGGGACUGUUGUUACAACACCACACCCUACCAUACCACAGCCUAUCACGUCUCCACCUAACACAUCACCACCUACCACAUCACUACCUACCACAUCACCACCUACCACAUCACCACCUACCACAUUACCACCUACCACACCUAGGCCUACCACAUCGCAACCUACCACUCCACGACCAACCACACCUCAGCCUACCACACCUGUUUGCGUAGACAGGUGGUCAAGACUCAAGUGUAUGCAACUAUGGGGCUCUGGAUGGUGUUAUAAGAACCCUGAAGUCAUGAAAUACUACUGCAAGAAGACCUGCAACAAAUGUGCCAGUGGUAGUGGUGGUGGAGGAGGAGUCGGUGGAGGUGACUGUAAAGACGAGCUCAUGUACUGUAACACUUGGGCAAAAGCUGGUUGGUGCAAGUCACAACAAUCUUUGAUGGAACGUGCAUGUAGGAAGAGCUGUAACUUCUGCAGUGGCAUAGGUACUGGCACAGAUGGUACUGGAGGCAUCGGAGGCACCGGAGGAGCGACAGGAGGCGCUGGUGGAGGUUCCUGCAAAGACCAGCUGAUAUACUGUAGCGCUUGGGUAAAACAUGGAUGGUGCAGUUCAAAGCGAAAAUAUAUGGAAAGUUACUGUAUGAAGAGUUGUAAUUUCUGCGGCAGCUGAGAAGAAGAGCAAAUAAGAAGAAGAAAAAGGAAAAAAGAACAAGAACAAGAGGAAUAAAAUAUCGACGAAAAAAUGUACAAGAAGGGACAUUUAAAAUAACAUUACCGCAUUAGAGAUAAACAUAGUCGUUUACUUUAACCUUAAAGCCGGGGACUAGGGAGAAGGAUGGUCAUAUAUGGAAACAGUUUUUCGUCUUGCAUGGCACAGUAAUGGAGAUGAAAAUUAUUUCAAAUAACGAAAACAAAAAGUGAACUAGCCUUGCUUCCUUUUCUUCUUUUUUCUUGCUUUUUUUUUUUUUUUUCUAUUCUUCUUUUUCUUCUUCUUCUUUUUCUCCUUCUUUUGAUGUUGCUUUCGAUCUACCUCGUGCAGUAUCUGCAUGCAACCUGUAACCUACGAUCGGCGAAAAAAUCAUGAGACCCCAAUGUGCUUAUAUUUCAAAUCUCAUGAAAAUGUUUUCAAAGUUUGGAUCUUAAAAAAAACCUUCCUGUUUUCAAUGUUGAUCCGCUAGAGAGAGAGAAAAAAAAAACGACACUUUGAACUUUAACUUUUACUCAUACAUGUUUUGACAGCGGCCGGUGAACUGUCUUUAUCAGUGUGUUUUACAAAGCAUGACAAAGUCUAUUUGUACAAACGCAAUUUUAAAGAAAUAAAA